GUGGUGUGGUUUAUCAGUCGGUUGGCAUUAGUUCUUUCAUCGUUAUAUUAUUGUUAGACCUUCUUUACAGAGUCUAGUUUUCGAAAUUUCAUUCACUCAGUUUUAGGAAGGAAGAGCAAACGUCGCACCUGCCCUCGGGAGUAGUUUGGUGCACCGGGGCAGGCGCUGUACCAUGCGAUACCUUUACAGUCACUGAGAGACUACGAGAGGUGUUUUCACUCCAGAGGCAUCACUGAAAGAACAGUCUCUGUCAUAUCAGCGGAAACUAUACGCAUUUACACUAUACUGGAACAAUUUAACCGCUCACCGAGAGAAAUAACAGUAGCCUACUUGGACUAUUACCGCCGAAUCCAAAUAGGCUAUAAAGUGACAGCUGAUUACACGGAAUAUCCUUAUUUUAACGGACGAAAUGACCUCUGUUCAAACCUCAGUGAAAGGCUUCUUCACUUUUCAGCUGCUUCUCAAUUUCUUCUCAAGUGGGUUGGUAGAGGGAUCUCAUCUGCCUGAUCCACAGCUGCUUCCUGCUGGAGACACACACCUUCGGCAUGUUGGUGACAUGCUCACACUCAUCUGCAGAGGAUCAACUUCCCUGCACUGGAAGUUGGCUAACAGAGAUGUGUCAUCGGUACGGAUUGAGCCGUGUGAGGAGAGAAUGCACAAGCACUGCAGCAAGCUGGUCAUACAUGACCUGAUGCACAAUGACACUGGCUUCUACACAUGCAGUCACCAAAAGUCUAGCAAUCAUGAGGUGUCCACAUAUGUUUUUGUCAAAGAUCACAAUCAACCAUUUGUGGAGGCUCACAGUAUAGCACAACCGCUUUAUGCAUAUCGGGAGGAACCUUUUUUAGUGGUCCCAUGCAGAACAACAUCCCCGAAUCAACAUGUUAUCCUUGAGACUAUGAAUAAUCCUAUGACAGAUCAUGUAAAAAGUAAGGUGGAGUGGGAUCCAAAGAGAGGUUUCAAGAUUCCCCUGAAACCUUAUGACAGCUACCAAAUGAUUACAUGUAUGACCAGUGUGGAUGACAAACAAUUUUCAUCAGUCUACAUGCUCUUAAGGAUAACGGCGGAGCUGAAAAACAUUGGCAUGAAACCAGAACGACCAAAAGUAGUGGUUGGUGACACCCUGAUCCUCAACUGCUCUGCAGAGACCACUUACAAUGGCAUAAUUGAUUUUGAGUGGCAGUUCCCUAAGGGUCGGAUCAAUCACACUCAAGAAAUGAAAAAGAAUAGGGUCAAAGCUGGUGAAAACGUCAUGAUGAGUAACGCAUUAAUCAUGCCUAAUGUGUCAAUGGAGGACAAGGGCACGUAUGUGUGCAUAGCAUCAAUUGAAGACAAAAAGCUUCAUUAUUCAACUAAAGUAACUGUAUACGAGCAUCCAUUCCUCAAUGUGACCCAUAAUAAACGCAAAUUCAUCUCUACCAUAGAGGGUAGAAAGGUACAGUUUGAGCCACGGGUCAAUGCCUUGCCAGCACCAGACAGAGUGUUGUGGUACAAAGAUGGAGUUGCCAUUUCAGAAAAUUCCACAUGUUAUGAGACAGCGGGCUACAGCCUCACCAUAAAACAAGUGAGGCAGAAGGAUGCUGGGAUCUUCACUAUCGCUCUGUCAAACCAGGAGAGGGGUCUCUACAGAAACCUCAGCUACAGGCUGGACGUCAGAGUGAAGCCAAAGAUCUUUGAGGAGGAUGUGGCUCCAGGGGGCCCACAAGCUUACAAAUAUAACGAGGGGCACCAGCUCACCUGCACUGCAUUUGGGAUUCCCAUGCCAAACAUUACCUGGUUUUGGCAGCCGUGUGACCCCAGCCCUGAUCUUACAGAGUGCAAACCUUACACUGAUCCUCUGCCUGUUGGAGAUGUCACUGAAUCGCACAACCAUUAUCCUCAUAAUUUGAUUAAGGAUGUCAGGAACAAGGUUGAAUUAUUAAAAAGUAAAAACAAGACUGUAAGCAUUCUGAUGGUGGAAACAGCUACUGUGUCAGGGAUCUACUCCUGUACAGCAAAGAAUGAACUUGGGAACCGGACCAUGAGAAUCCCUUUCUAUGUGUAUAAUCAGGCACAGCCGUUCGAGAUUGGGCCCUCGACAGCUGUUGCAGGAGAUGAUGUUACAUUGACCUGCAGAGGCACAAGAUACCUCUACGACAAGUUGCAUUGGUAUGGUCCACUGGGCCGCAUAGUGCCCAAAGAUGAAACCACUCUUCGGAUCGAGCCCUACACCAUAUCUUUGUCUAUCAAGUUGCCCAGUGUCUCCAGAAACCACACUCUGGGCUAUGAAUGCCAGGCUUUAAACAUCAACUCCAAUAAAGUGGUCAAUACAACAUCUCUUUUGACUAUUAAUGAGAGGCAAAGGCCCACACUGAUGCAGAAUCUGACCAAUCAGGAUGUGAACAGCAGCAGCACCCUGACUCUGGCCUGCUUGGCUAAGGGUAUGCCAGAACCCGAUAUCAAAUGGUACAAAGACAAGACUCCUGUCACAGAGGGACCAGGUAUCACUCUAAAAGAUGGCGUUCUGAUCAUUGAGAGGGUGAAGAAGGAUGAUGAGGGCAUUUAUGAAUGUCGUGCCAGCAAUGAUAGAGGGGAUGCAAAAACCAGUGCGGUCAUUACUGUAGUGGGAGAAGACGGUAAACCAAAUAUUGAGGUGAUCAUCUUGGUGUCUACUGGAGCAGUAGCAACGUUUCUUUGGAUAAUGCUCAUUCUCUUUAUCCGUAAAUUAAGAAAGCCAAGUUCAGCAGAUUUAAAGACGGGGUACCUGUCCAUCAUCAUGGAUCCCGACCAGAUCCCCCUUGAUGAGCAGUGUGAUCGUCUGCCCUAUGACAGCAACAAAUGGGAGUUCCCCAGAGAUCGUCUCAGGCUCGGUAAAACUUUGGGCCAUGGAGCAUUUGGAAAAGUUGUAGAGGCCUCUGCAUUUGGCAUAGACAAGAUUUCUACUUGCAAAACGGUGGCAGUGAAAAUGCUGAAAGCCGGAGCUACAAAUAACGAGUGGAGAGCUUUAAUGUCUGAACUGAAGAUUCUGAUCCACAUUGGUCAUCAUCUCAACGUAGUCAAUCUGCUAGGAGCUUGCACAAAGCGUGGAGGCCCACUAAUGAUAAUCGUGGAAUACUGCAAGUAUGGAAACCUUUCCAACUACUUGAGAAGUAGGAGGGGUGAUUUUGUGGUUUACAAGUCUCAGGACGGUAAGGCUCUGCGUUCCAGCUCCGGGUGUGAUCUGAGCGAGCUCAUCAAGCGAAGGUUGGAGAGCGUGGCCAGCACCGGAAGUUCAGCCAGCUCUGGCUUCAUUGAAGAUAAGAGCUACUGCGACUUGGAGGAAGAGGAGGAAGAGCAAGAGGAUUUGUAUAAGAAAGUGCUCACACUAGAAGACUUGAUUUGCUACAGCUUUCAAGUGGCUAAAGGCAUGGAGUUCUUGGCUUCGAGAAAAUGUAUUCACCGAGAUCUGGCUGCACGUAACAUCCUUUUGUCUGAAAACAACGUUGUGAAGAUUUGCGAUUUUGGACUUGCAAGAGAUGUAUACAAGGACCCAGACUAUGUCCGCAAAGGAGACGCCAGACUUCCCUUAAAGUGGAUGGCUCCAGAGGCGAUAUUUGACAAGAUCUAUACCACUCAGAGUGACGUGUGGUCUUUUGGAGUGCUUAUGUGGGAGAUCUUCUCUCUUGGUGCCUCCCCUUACCCUGGCUUACACAUUGAUGAGGAAUUCUGCUGCAAACUGAAAGAGGGCACCAGGAUGAAAGCUCCUGAAUACUCCUCCUCUGAAAUAUAUCAAACCAUGUUAGACUGCUGGCAUGGAGAACCAUCCAAGAGGCCCACUUUCACAGAGCUGGUAGAGAGGCUAGGAGAUCUGCUACAAGCUAGUGUGCAGCAGGAGGGAAAACACUACAUCCCAAUCAACACGGCCCUGUUGACCAAAGCAGACCCCUCAAACCUGAGCCCCACAGAGGAGACUUCCACCAGACCUAUCGCUCUUAGAGACUCCGGGACAGCUUGGAACAUCAAGAUCCGCCCAGCGAGUGUGAAGACCUUUGAUGAAGUAAUCAUGGAGAAUGGAACCAACAAGCUCCACGAGGAAAGCCAGUCGGACAGUGGAAUAGGUCUAUCUUCAGACGACCUGAAGACACUGAAGCAUCUGGAGUCACUGGCCAGACCCCGGAGUUUCAUGGCCCGAGCAAUGAAGAGCAAAAGUAAGGAGUCAGUUCUGCUGGAGGGCGAGAAGGAGAAAUACCCACCGCUUGUUCCCUCACUGGACCCGAGUCUGGAGGACUCCUCACUCGACCCAGAGCUGGAAUGUCAUAGCCCACCUCCAGACUAUAACUAUGUGGUCCGUUACUCCACACCACCUGUUUGAGUUGAUCUGCA